AUGUCAGACUCUGGAACUCAAUAUGGCGACUUCAGGCUGUAUCGGUAUGAUCCUAGCAUGGCCGCUGCUGUAAUUUUCAUAAUCGCGUUCAUCGUGAUUACUGCUUUGCACUUCUACCAAAUGGUCCGAACAAAGACUUAUUUUUUCGUCCCAUUCGUCAUUGGAGGGCUCUUCGAAGUCAUUGGCUAUAUAGGACGUGCCAUCUCGAGCGAUGAAGCCCCGAACUUCAGCAUUCCCGCCUACUCCAUUCAAGCCAUCUUGAUCCUCGUCGCUCCUGCUCUGUUCGCCGCAAGCAUAUACAUGGAACUCGGACGCAUCAUCCUGCUGACCGACGGCGAACAACAUAGCAUCAUUCCCAGUAAAUGGCUCACAAAAAUCUUCGUCAUUGGCGAUGUCAUCAGUUUCUGUCUACAGGCCGCAGGAGGAGGUAUCAUGGCUUCAGGCACACUUCAAGCACUCGAAAACGGCGAACACAUCACCAUUGGAGGUCUCGUUAUCCAGAUCAUCUUUUUCGGCUUCUUCAUCAUUGUCAGCAUUACUUUCAACGUUCGCAUGGAGAGGGUACCCACCAGCCGCAGCAUGAUCCGCUCAAACCCCUGGAAGAAACACCUAUACACUCUUUACGGCGGUAGCGCACUCAUUUUGAUCAGAUCGGUCUUCCGUUUGAUCGAGUACGCUCAGGGCAAUGAUGGCUAUCUCAUCUCACACGAGUGGUUUCUGUACAUCUUCGAUGCCUGCUUGAUGUUUGCGACAAUGGUGUUGUUUGCCUGGUACCACCCAAGCGAGAUAUGGGCUAUGCUCAACAAGAACGGUGGAGUCGAUAUCUAG